AUGUCGUUCUCAACAGAUGGUGCAUUGAGUAUAGAUGUUUUCCAUAAUGGAGUGUUUGUUCCUAAGCCCUUGAUGUACUUCAAUCCUGAUAAGACUUCUGUCACAGAGGUAGACUUACGAAAUAUGGAGUUUAAGGACUUCAUUAUCUACAUCUGUAAUCUGACGAAGGGUAUGUGUCAUGAUAUGUACUACUGUCUUCCAAAUCGGGCCAUAGUAGAUGGGUUGAGGGAGUUGAGAGAUGAAGAUGAUUAUGUGAGGUUUCUUGAUGCUGGAUAUAAAAAUGGGAGAAUAAUCAGUAUCUACAUUGAUCACGACCACGAACCACUUAUGCAAUGGAUUGAAGAAGAGAUAGCUGAAGAUGGAGUGUACGGUGAUAGUGAUCCAUGUUCUGAUGAUGUGGACUCAGUGAUGUCAGAUGAUAUAUCGGUAGACCAUGAAGUUCAUGAUGAGGUUAUAGAAAUUCCUAAAUCUGUUGAUCCUUUUUUAUCCAAGAAAAAUCUUAUUCCAGAAGGAGGGGUAGAUGAGGAAGUUGAUGAUGAGGUCCACCACUUUCCUAUUCAUGAUCCCGACAAGAAAUGGGACACAAUGGUACCUAUAUUAGGCAUGAGAUUCUCUGACAGAUAUGAACUCAAGAAAAUGUUAACAAAUUAUGCUGUCUUUAAAGGGUAUGCAUUGUGGUACGAAAAAAAUGACUCAACUAGAUUGUUAGUGAGGUGUUGUAAAAAUAAAGAAGGGAAGGCAACUUGCCCUUUUAGACUAUGGGCUACUCCAAUGAGUAGAGAAGAUUCAUUCCAGAUCAAAUCGCUAAUUGACAAACAUAACUGUUGCAGACAAGUUAAUUUGGGGUCUAUUGUGACAUACAGGCAAUGUAGAAAUGCCAAGAGUUUUUCACUAGAUGAAAUUUCAGGUAGCUUGGUGGGACACUAUGAAAAGUUAUGGGAUUAUGGAGCGGAGUUAUUGAGGUCUAAUCCGGGUUCAACAGUCUCAAUAGAAGUGAAUCCUAUGCCUGAUUCUACAGUUUACUUUAAAAGAAUGUAUGUUUGCCUUAAGGGUGUGAAAUAUGGUUGGAUUGAAGGAUGCAGGAGGGUGAUAUGUUUUUUGAAGGGUAUUUGUAGAGGUGAGCUAUUAGCAGCUGUUGGUAGGGACUCCAACAACCAAGUGUACCCGUUGGCAUGGGUUGUAGUGUCAGUAGAAAACAAGGAAACAUGGAAAUGGUUCUUAGAUCUGCUACUUUAG